AUGGCUUCCCAACACCCUGGUUCAAAACGUAGAUACAUAGAAUCUGACAAUUCACCUGACGAAAAUACCACCAACCGAUCUGACUAUUGGCCACGUUUUUUGAUUAUCGAAGCUUGUGACAAAGAACCAAUAAAACUAAAUCCGUUUGCAAUCUCCAAAGGUAUCGCUGGUGCCUGCGGAAAGGUUACAAAUGUCACCAAGCUUCGAUCCGGUUCUCUCCUUGUGGAAUGUGCACAGAGACAGCAAUCCAUCAAUCUUCUCGGUUUGAAAGAGUUUGUAAAUAUCAAGGUUGCUGUCUCUGAACACAGGACACUGAACUCAUGCAAGGGAAUUGUCCGUGACAGGGCUCGCUGCCUGUCCGGCAUGACCGAGGAUGAAAUAGUCAAAGAACUUGUCCAACAGUCUGUCACAGCUGUUAAACGAUUCACGGUCAAAAAGGAUGGUUUGGUUGUAGAUACCAACACCUAUCUCUUCACUUUCGCCCGUUCGAAGAUUCCACAAUCGAUCAAAGCCGGUUAUUGUAACAUUGGAGUGGAGGUGUAUAUCCCCAAUCCACUCCGGUGCUACACCUGCCAAGCGUUUGGACAUGGAUCCAAGUCCUGCCGUGCCUCUGCUGUCUGUUACCGCUGCGGUGACAAGCAUGAGGCCACUGACUGCAGGAAGGAUGUGAAGUGUUCGAACUGUGGUGGGAGCCAUAUGGCAUCUUCCAAAUCCUGCCCUGUCUGGCAACAUGAAUUACAGAUCAUGAAAAUCAAGACUGAGCAAAACCUCUCCUACUAUGAAGCUAAGAAGAGGAUUGCAGCUGUGACACCUACGUCUGUGACUCCUAAGCAAAAGACUGUAAAAAAUGUUGAGUCUCAGACUCCUAAAGCAACAUCAGAACCAGAACCAGUUAAACUGUCAAACAGGGAAAAGAAAUUAUUGAAAAAGAAGCAGCUGAGAGAACAGCUGCAAACACCAAAGGCCACCUCUCCUUUAGAGGUCCCAGUAGAGGUCCAUAACUCCUUUGGUCCCCUUGACAUGGAGACACCAUCACCAGCCAUUAAGAUGUCACAUUCCAAAGAUGAACAGAAGCAGGAUGGAAGAGGACAGAUGGAAUCAGUUCAUGAUGACGACAAAAGUAAUUUCAAGAUAAAGUCAGGAGAAGACUCAUCGGAUGGAGAUUAUAAACACAUUCUACUGUCUUUAGCGACAAAACGGGAUGAUUCAGGAGAUGUUGAGGAUAGGCUGUUGGUGGAUGGAGGUGAGCAGAGGAAGGUAGUGCACGGCCUGAAGAAGAUGACGGUCUUCCCAUCAACCAUGGUUGGGCGUGGAUGGUGUUAG